AUGCCUCGAACUCGGUCCCAGUCACAGGCUACAAUCAAUUUUCAAAAAAAGAAGCUGUCCCGGCCCUUGGACAAAGCUAAAAAUUGUAGUGAUGUCAAACUAGAAUCAACAAAUAUCCAGACUACAUCUCCUCCUUGUGAAGAAAUUCUGCCUCUCAGCCCCAGAAAACGUCUAGGUGAUGAUAACCUGUGCAACACUCCCCAUAUACCUUGCUGUUCUCCACCAAAGCAAGGCAAGAAAGAGAAUGGCCCCCCUAUCUCAUAUGCAACUAAGGGGAGAAAAUUGGUAUUUGAUAAUUCACUAACAACUAAAUCUACUAAAAGAGAACAAAGCAGCGUUCAACAAAACAAAAUACUUCCCUCAGUUCAGAAAUGUCAGGAGAGCACAACAAAUUCUGAUCAGAGAUGUCCACUGGAGGAAGAAUCUACAUGUAUAAGACUGUUCAAGCAAGAAGGCACUUGCUACCAGCAAGCAAAGCUGGUUCUGAAUACAGCUGUCCCGGAUCGGUUGCCUGCCAGGGAAAAGGAGAUGGAUGUCAUCAGGAAUUUCCUGAGGGAACACAUCUGUGGGAAAAAAGCUGGAAGUCUUUAUCUUUCUGGUGCUCCUGGAACUGGAAAAACUGCAUGUUUAAGCCGAAUUCUGCAAGACCUGAAGAAGGAACUGAAAGGCUUUAAAACUAUCAUACUGAACUGCAUGUCCUUGAGGAAUGCUCAGGCUGUAUUCCCAGCUAUUGCUCAGGAGAUUUGUCAAGAAGGAGAAGCCAGGCCAGCUGGGAAGGAACUGAUGAGGAAGUUGGAAAAACAUAUGACUGAAGUGAAGGGCCCCAUUAUUGUGCUGGUGUUGGAUGAGAUGGACCAGCUGGACAGCAAAGGGCAGGAUGUAUUAUACACCCUGUUUGAAUGGCCCUGGAUAAAGAACUCUCGAUUAGUGUUGAUUGGGAUUGCUAAUACCUUGGAUCUGACAGACAGAAUUCUACCUAGGCUUCAAGCUAGAGAAAAAUGUACACCCCAACUAUUGAAUUUCCCGCCUUAUACCAGAAAUCAGAUAGCCACUAUCUUGCAAGAUCGACUUAAUCAGGUGUCUAGCGAUCAGGUUCUGGAUAAUGCUGCAAUUAAUUUCUGUGCUCGAAAAGUCUCAGCUGUGUCAGGAGACGUUCGAAAAGCUCUAGAUGUUUGCAGGCGAGCUAUUGAAAUUGUAGAGUCAAGUGUCAAGAGCCAGACUAUCCUCAAACCACUGUCUGAAUGUAAAUCAUCCUCUGAGGUACCAGUUCCCAAGCGAGUUGGUCUUAGUCACAUCUCCCAAGUUCUUUCAGAAGUUGAUGGUAACAGGAUGACUGUGGGCCAGGAAGGAACACAAGAUUCUUUCCCUCUUCAACAGAAGAUCUUGGUCUGUUCUAUGCUGCUCUUGACAAGGCAGUUGAAAAUCAAAGAGGUCACUCUGGGGAAGUUAUAUGAAGCCUAUAGUAACAUCUGUCGAAAACAGCAGGUGGCAGCUGUGGACCAGUCAGAGUGUUUGUCACUAGCAGGACUCUUGGAGGCCAGGGGUAUUUUAGGAUUAAAGAAAAACAAGGAAACUCGAUUCACAAAGGUGUUUUUGAAGAUUGAAGAGAAGGACAUAGAGCAUGCUCUGAAAGACAGAGCUUUAAUUGGAAAUAUCUUGACUACUGGAUUGCCUUAA